GCGAAAGCUAGGCUCAUUUUAACACCAGGAGAUAACGUUGCCGUCAACCAAUCAGACUGUCAGCCAUCUGCUGCAAUUGAAAGUAUUCCGAUUCCUCCUCCAAUUUUCAGCCACAGGCAAGAAAAUCUGAGCUUUGAAGGUUGUGGGUUGUGGAAUAGAAACGUGAGUAGUGAGCCACCGUGGAAUAUUCUUCUCUUCCAGGAUCAAACCUAUGGGUCAUCGAUCCGAGUGCCUUGCAGAUGCGUCAUUUUGUCCGAUCGAACGUUGCUCAGCGUCUCUGACGAUUCAUGUGACCUUACUGCUCUGCAUUUUGAGAGAGGUAUUCAGGUUUCAAUUUACAAGAAACUUGAGUGCCCCAAUACUGGAGACAGUGAUUGCCUUAAAGAUAAGUUAAAUAUGAAAGUAAUAUACCUUGGUCAAUUGUGUAUUACUUUUUUAUUCUGUUCCUUGAUAAUUUAGGUCUUAAAUGCAACACGCGUUGUUAUUGGAGGGAAGACUCGCUACUUGUGGACAGUCGAGCGGUUAAUGUUGAACGACCGAUUCAACCCAAUUUGCUUAUUUAACCAAGGGAGGUCUAUCAAUUCUCGUCAAACAUUGCAAAAUGAUUUGGCUACCAGAUUCGCAAAGAAGGGCACACAGUGCUUUUCAGAUACAAUUUAUAGAGAGUACUGCAAUAUUUUGGAAACAAUAAUUUGCUCCGAUGAUUUUGAAAGUGACUAUCUUGUCACCAUAGUGGGAAGUCGUUUUUUUCUCCGGGCUUUAACGCAAAGCGCUAUUCAAGAACAACCUAUUUCUUAUACAAGUCGUCACUAUCAAAUUUUUAAGCGGUACUUUUACUCCGAUAUCGUGGCAGACAUACCAACUAUAAUUUCCGCUUCAUGCGAUCUGGCAAUGAUGCCGAUUGCUACUGAUAGUCCCCCAAAAAUCAACUUUGACAAUAAAACCAUGGGACCUAGUUUCCCAGGCUGCGGAAUGAUUGUAAAUGGAGCUAAUCGAAGACCGAAGAGGAGCGAUGUCGAUGGCUACAUCCACAAAGGAGAACCUGCAGCACGUGGCAGGAGUCCAUGGCACGCGAGUCUCUCCAAAAUUAAAUAUGGAUUUCUCUGGAGAGACUUCUGUGGUGCCACUCUGAUAACUGAAAGAGCUGCAAUUACAGCUGCUCAUUGCUUAUUUGACGAGGGCGAGUUACUUUUCCCGGCUAAAAUUUUGGUCACCUUCGAAUCUUUUGACUUGUCUGCUCGCAGCGACUUUGAAAGGCAAACGCUUAAGCCAGAUGGCUAUAUGAUUUACCCUCGAUAUCGUCACUCGCAUCGAACUUUUGAGCAUGAUAUUGCUAUCUUGAUUUUCUCCCGAGAAAAGAAGGUGCGAAUCAAUGAUGUCGUGAGGCCAGCUUGUUUGUGGAACGAUGAUAAUGAUUUUACUUUUAUUGUCAACAAAACUGGAACGGUGACUGGAAGAGGGUUUACUGAAAACUACACACUGCCCGAUACUGUACGAACUGCUGACUUGAGAAUUGCUUCGUAUCAAGAGUGCUUUGAGAGCAACAGAAAAAUGGCAUCAACAUAUCUAAAGCCAAAUCAGAAUUUCUGUGCUGGUCACCCGAAAAAUGGUACCAAUGUUUGCAACGGUGACAGUGGUAGUGGACUGAUUAUCCAGAACGAAGGGAAGUUCUACUUGCGCGGAAUCGUUAGUUUCGGGCCUACUAGAAAAGUGAAAGUGGAAGGACAAGAUUUGUUUGCCUGCAACCCGUUUCAAUUUUCUGUUUUUACUGACAUUACUUUUUAUUUGAAAUGGAUAGCGCAGAGCGUGCCAGAUUUAAACAAACCAACUUCAUAUUUGUAAGGAAUACGUUAAAAAAAUGUAU